UUGGUGAAAUCAGUAUGUUGCUUUGUUUCUCUCUCCAGCAGCACUGGAUAGGCAGUGCUCUUUUGAAGGUUGUUUGAUGCCUACUGGUCUAAAAUGUAAUAAUUUGGAAUAAGGAUAUCAUUUUAAUGUGUUUUGUGCACUGGUGAGAUUAAAACUGGGAAGUUUAAAAAGGAAGCUUCUGGAUACAAUAUUUUAUGCUGAAUUAAGUGAAAACAGCAGUACUCUGAAGACUGCUUACAUAUAUUGGAAAUUUAAAAGGAAGCUUCUGGAAACAUUAUUUUAUGCUGAAUUAACUGCUUAUAAACAUUGUUAACAAAAUUGUAUUGAAGCAACUGCUUCCCGGAAAGCUUGGUCCAGUAUCUUCAACUGAAAGCUUGGUCCAGUAUCUUCAACUGCUUUCAAAAGUGAAUUUCAACUUUUGCAACCAUGAGAAUGAGUCAGCUUUCCCGUUUUGUGAACUCAUUAACUCCAUUUUUGAGCAGAAGUGCCCAUACCACCGUGCGUACCACCACAAGUGCUGCAACAAAGAAGGCAUAUGAGAAACCUUUGUCAUCAGAGGAAGUGUUUGCCCGCGAGGAGAGAUAUGGGGCACAUAACUACCAUCCCUUGCCAGUGGCAUUGGAACGAGGGCAAGGUGUAUAUGUAUGGGAUGUAGAAGGCAGAAAGUACUAUGACUUCCUGAGUUCUUACAGUGCUGUGAAUCAAGGACAUUGCCACCCCAAGAUCGUGCAUGCUCUUAAAGCCCAGGCUGAAAAACUGACGCUUACUUCUAGAGCAUUCUACAACAAUGUCCUUGGUGAAUAUGAAGAGUAUAUUACCAGGCUGUUUAACUAUGACAAAGUACUUCCAAUGAAUACAGGUGUUGAAGCUGGAGAGACUGCUUGCAAAUUGGCUCGUAAAUGGGCUUAUACAGUAAAAGGAAUUCAAAAAUACAAAGCAAAAAUUAUUUUUGCAGAUGGUAAUUUUUGGGGGAGAACUUUGGCAGCUGUUUCCAGCUCUACAGACCCAAGCAGUUAUGAAGGCUUUGGACCUUUCAUGCCUGGAUUUGAGAUCAUUCCAUACAAUGACUUACCAGCCUUAGAGCGUGCCGUGCAGGAUCCAAAUGUAGCAGCUUUUAUGGUUGAACCAAUUCAAGGUGAAGCUGGUGUGAUUGUUCCAGAUGAUGGUUACUUGCAAGGAGUGAGGGAUAUUUGUACACAACACAAUAUUCUUUUCAUAGCUGAUGAAGUACAAACAGGCUUAGCUAGAACUGGCAAGAUGUUGGCUGUGGAUCACGAAAAUGUCCGUCCAGACAUUGUUACACUGGGAAAAGCUCUGUCUGGUGGCUUAUAUCCUGUAUCGGCGGUACUGUGUGAUGAUGAUAUUAUGCUGUCCAUCAAGCCAGGUGAACAUGGAUCUACUUACGGAGGAAAUCCUCUAGCCUGUCGAGUAGGUGUAGCAGCCCUUGAGGUUAUUGAGGAAGAGAAGCUUUCAGAAAAUGCUGAAAAAAUGGGGAGGUUACUGCGAGAUGAACUUAUGAAGCUGCCUUCUGACAUUGUCACAAAAGUGCGAGGAAGAGGAUUGUUAAAUGCAGUUGUCAUUAAAGAGUGCAAAGCUUAUGAUGCCUGGAAAGUAUGCCUUCGACUUCGUGAUAAUGGGCUUUUGGCAAAACCUACUCAUGGUGAUAUCAUCAGACUUGCACCACCCCUCAUUAUCAAUGAAGAAGAAAUCAGAGAUUGUGUUGAAAUUAUCACCAAGACCAUUCUGUCAUUCUGAACAAGAUCGAUAAAUAAAGGUUUCUGAUCCAUCCUGUAACAUCCCUCAGAAGAGCUGCCAUUGUCCAGGAUAUAUGGUUACUGAAAAAGUGUUGUUUUCUUAAUGUAUUUUAAUAGCUUAACUUGUUAAUGUUGACAGCUCUGAUUGUACCAUGGUGUUAAUCAUACAUACACUGCUAGGUAUGCUGGUUGCCUUGUCCAAUUCAGACUAAUAACAUUUGAAAAGCAGAUCACACACAUACAUCUUGGUAUUGAAUUUGUGAUCCUCAUUACCACAAUUAAGCACAUUAAAUGUAAGAAUAUUACUUCAGCUGAACAGGAAAUAUGCUAAGCUGCCUUUCUUCUUCUUCAGUUGAAGUGAGUUUUCACAGAUUUAAUUUUUAUUUUCGCUCAGCUCUACACAUUUGUUCUGCAGUGUGCUGGCAGUCGGGACUAUGCCACCUGACUGACUGACAGUAGACAAUGAGUUGAACUGGUUCGAAUCCUUUAUGUCAACCUUCUUCCAUCUGAAGUUGUCAUUGUGGUUUGAUAUUUUGGAAAAUAAAACAAAACUGAUAAUGCUUUUGUAAAGUUACAAUUCCCAUAUAAAUAGCAAUUGUAGAUUAAAAGACCAUAUGUAAAUGUUUUUAAACCUAAAAUUUAGGGAAGUACAUUUCAUUUUUUUUUUAUAAAAUGAAUAGGCAAUUGCUAACUAUUAAUCACUUAGGGAGGGCACUUAAUGCUCUAUGCUUUUUCUACUAUUGUGAAUUGAAAGAAAUGUGUACAGGUUACAACAGGCCCUCAUUUGUUUUUAAAAGUAUACAGAAUGCGCAGUUCGAGUUUUUAUAUUAAGAUCAUACUAAAUGUAAUGAAUGUUGUUAAGAGAAAUGUUAGAAUUGUCAGUACGUGACUAAGUUGGAAGUCGGCGUUCCAAUGACUUACUUCCUUUUGCAUGUAUUCAAACCCAUAUCCAUUUCAUUUAGCAUCAUAUUGGAACUAUGCCUUAAAAUAAUCUUUUGUAUUGACAACCCUUGUAAACAAAUGCACUUUUGUCUUCAUUUUGCCUUUCUAAGACAUUGCAUACAUAGCGCUAUAGAUGUAUUUUUGUAUCAGCCCAGCAUAUUAAUGUUUUACUCAGAUCACUUUAAUUUUAAAUGCUGGGUUGAAAAAGUGAAAUGGUUUCUUUUAAGGAACCUGAAAGGAAUUCUUGUUUUAAGAAAUGAAACUCAGAAAAAAAAUAUUUCCUUUUGUUAUAUGGAGCAUGAAUUGCAAUGUUGGCCUUUUAAAAAUGUCUCUAAUAACUUGUGGGGUUAAACUGGAUACAGCAGCGUUUUCAGCAGGCAAGGAAUUGUACUGACUAAUGGGUCCAAGCUGUGUUUGUCUUCUGUCAUGUUAUGUUCCAUGUGCUGUAUUAUAUUUAGCAUUCAAGGUUAUAAUCUGUUACUUCUGUGCUGUAGUGAUCCCUAUAGAUGCCAUUUUGAACUGAGAGCUGAGUGUUGGAGAAAUGAAAAGCACAAUACUGCAAGAGUCUUGAAGUAAUUGUCUCCAAAUCUCCCAUUGGAAUGCAUUGCACUACCCAACAUACAGGAGAUCAAAAUUACUUUAACAGCAGCAAGGCCGGUAGGCAAACAGGAGUGGAAAUCAGUGUUGCUAAAACUAAACCACAAAAAAUAAAUGCCUCUCAUGUCAGACUGCUUUUAAGCAGUAAAACAGAUUUAACACAGACAUAUUAGUAGUGCUAAUAAAAAAGCAGGCCCACUGGUGCACACAUUUAAUUCCUGCAUCACCACACCUUUGCUCUGAAUACCUACUUAUCACAUAAGCUGCAGUAGCCACACCAGUAGUUGUACAAACUGCAUUUCACUGACGUACUGUGAAUGUGUGUGCAUGUGCAAUACAAUCCAUGGGCUUGUAAACAAAGAGGAGUUUGGACAGUGCACUAGGGUUAUUUAAAAAUGUAUGAAGUUUCCCUGCCAGUAGUGUAAGAACAAUAAACCAUUGUCAGAAUUGCUAUUGGUAAUUUAUAUAUGUACCCAUAUCUUGCCAUAUUGUAUAGUAUACUAAAACAUUUACCCAAUAUCUCACCGUUUCAGUUCCCAAACAUUUCUCAAAGUGGCUGUUAUCUGAUGAUAUACGAUUAUACUUCAAAAGUUAGCAGACAAACUGCCAGUAUUCAUUUAAUUUAAAAAAAGCAGUUGAAAUUAACCAUUCACUGAAAUGCUAUUUCUACAAACCAUUUAGCUGAUCCCAAAGGGAAAACAGUUUCCUUUUUUGAUCAAUUAAACCAGAAAAAAAGACCAGUAACUUGCAGAUAUAGUUUGUCUGAAUAGUGAUACUGCUAUGAAAAUGGUGUUUAAUAACUUAGUGUAUAUGGUUGGGGUUAGAGAUGGGGAUAGCCAUUGAGUAAGGGUGGGCCGGUCAUCUUACUCAUGUAUAUUAACCCUAACCCUCCCUGUAGCCACCCCCCACA